AUGGCAGUGGCGACACCCAACUGGUCCACGGCGGCAGAUGUGGUGGUGUACGAUGUUAUUGAGAAGUCUGGUCAAGAGUUGAAGAGGAUACGUGCUGAUGUGGAAAGAUUACCCGAUCUGCAGAUUGAACUUGAUGGCUUGAAACAAGAACACCAGAAAUUACGAGCUCAUUCUAAACAAUCAGAGAUGGAAGGGAGAAGUCUAAUCUAUUUGAAUGAUAUUGAUGACAAAACAACAGCUUUUACGAUAAAGGUAAAAGUACUUAGGCUUUGGAGAAAACCAAAUCCCAAAAAGGUUGGUGAGAUAUGGGCUAUUGAGAUGGUGCUCAUGGAUGAAAAGGGGACCAAAGUGCAAGCCACUGUAUGGAGUAAUAACUUUAAAAGACAUGAAAAAAUGUUAGAAGAAAAUGAAUGUUAUACAGUUUUUAAACCCCGAGUUGAUGAAAGUAAUCCAAAGUUUAAACAUUUUGACACCAAAUAUGUGCUGACCUUCAAUUUUGAAACAACUAUUAGAAAGUGCAACAACUUCAUAGGCCCAACAUAUGGGUUUGAGUUGUCAUCAUUUAAGGCUAUUAAAGAUGGUGGAGUUUCAUCAAAAUUUCGAAUCGACUUUAUUGGUUAUGUUGAGAAAUGGUUUCCAAGGGAAGAUACAACAACACGACAUGGAAAAACGUCCUACAAGAUGGACUUAAUUUUGAGAGAUUUGGAGGGUAUUGCCUUAACGUUGACAUUGUGGGAGGAAUAUUGCGAUCAGAUGCAAGAGUACAUCUCAAAAAAUAAGGCAGAAGUACAUGUUGUACUUAUCGUACAAUUUGGUAGCAUCACUGACUACAAAGGCAACAUCAAUGCCUCAAACGCUUUCAAUAUCACUAAGUUGUUCAUCAAUGAACGCAAUGAAAAGAUUAGUAAUUUUAGAAGAAGUUACAUUGCAAAAAAUUCUGUUGGUCGGAUUAGUGAAAUUACCAAGGUUAUGCAUGUUAUUGUUGUUGGUACAGUUAGAGCUGUAAACAAAGACAACGGUUGGUAUUAUCUAGGUUGUGAAAGUUGUAAUCGCAAGGCUUCCCCAAGUUUGAUAUUCCCAGAAGACGAUGAUGGAAGUGAUGAUAUUGAUAUGAAAGAAGUUUUAAUAUGUACUAAUAAGGAUUACAAAAGAGAUGUCGUACCGGCGAUUUACAUGUACAAACUUUCACUACAAGUAGAGGAUUCUACAGGAACCGUAAAUCUAACUCUAUUUGACCGUGACACAGUAAAACUUUUGGGUUUAUCCGCCAAACAAAUGGUUGACAAAUAUGUAAAGCAGUCUUCUGGUGGUGAUAAAGUUACACCUGUUGAAUCCGAUUCCUUCGUCGACAAAAAGUAUGCAUUUAAAAUUCGUGUUGGAACGUAUAAUGUGGACAAGAAGGUUGAUGGAUUUUCUAUCUACAAGUUAGUGGAUGAUCCAGCUAUAAUUUCAACACUUGAAAAGAAGUUUGAUGUUCCGGUAGAAAAAAAUAGCUCAAUGAAUCUCCCCCCAACUGCUUCGUCGUCACAAAGUGAUGCAACAUCGCUGCCCAACAAUAACGAGAUUAUGAAGAGUAAUGUUGAUCUCAAACGCACCUUGGAAGAUUGUUAUGAUCUACAAAAUUCGUCUUCAUUUACUCCAACAAAAAGUCGAAAAAGUCAACCAGAAGAUGAUGUCAAGGCUUAA